CAGGUUGAGCUGAGUCCUGUUCAUUCAGUACUGUCCCAAAGUCAACCACUCUCCAUCAAAGAGACCCUGAACUCUCCAGACCUUCAGGAGGAGCAGAGAGCUGUCAAGAACAAAACCAGCCCAGCAUCUUUUGAAAGGAGGUCUGUCAAUUCUCUGACAAUCAGCCAGACUUCACACAAAUCUUUGAGCAACAUGGCAACAGCCCUUACUGAGCUUGAGAAAACACCAGAAUGCCAGAAAGGAAGUAAGGAUGAGAGAGCAGAAUUUAAGUCAGGUCCAUCAGUCAUCCACACACACAUCAUCCCGUGCCACACAGAUGACGAUGAAGACAGUGAGGAGGACAAAGAAAAUAAGGCUCCUUCUCCUUCUCAGCUUGCCCUGAAAAUGAAGCCAAGGAAGUUGUUUGUGCCUACUAAUAAAUACUGGACUCCUAGUAAAGGUCGGAAUAGCAAACCACUGAUGAAGGAUCAGAGCAGCUCAGAGGAGGAAGAGGAAGAUAUAGUUGCAGAGAAUAAGAGAAGAAAGAAAAGUUACCACAGAAGCCUGACCAACAGGACCAAGGAACCAACUAUAUCCACUGAGGAAGUGGAGACUCUGUCAUCCUGUACAAGGUCCAGUUGCAGGCAUGUCAGUGUGGAGGCAGACUUGGACCUGACACAGCCUGCUCAGGAGAUGCGCUUUAUCUGCCAUCAGUUCAGCUCAGACCUUAAGAGCAAGAUCAAGAAUCGGGGGAGGAUGAUGGACCUUUACACCAGUCAGUCUUUGAAGACCUUACAGCAGCACAUGUCCUCUGUCCAUGUAAAAGUACACCAGUACAGUUCUCAGAGGUUGGAGAAAGUUAAACAAGUCCUCUUGAGUGAAAUUCAAAACCUUGAGCAGGAUGAUGUUGUUUUGAGAGGCAUGGAGGAGGAAUUGAUGGCAUACUGGGAAAAGCAGACCUCGGCCUUCCACACCUACCAAGAGAAAAGAACCAGGAGACUUCAGAAGUUUAAAAGCACGAUUCAGAAUGAUGUGUGUGACAGUCUAAAGUACGAGGAACAAAUCUUCUCUUUGGAGAUGUCUUCCAUGAAGAAAAACAUGAAGUCAGUUCAGGAGCGUUUCUUCAAGGAGAUGCAAGAUGAGGAUUUGACAAGUGUGCGAAGAGGACUACAAGCCAUGUUCUUUCCAGAUGCAUCCAGGUUCUGACUUGAGAAAGAAAGAUCCUUUUGAAAACUUUCUAAGCUAUUCUUUAAACAUGUUUGAUUUUCUUGAUAUUAUUAACAAUAUGUUAUUUUAAAUAAAACUUAGAAGGUUAAAUAUAUUUAUACUUAAUGCUGUUUAUUUAUUAAAAAAAGGGUUUGCUGUAGAUGGUUUUUGCGCACAUAUUUGCUUGUGAUUUUAAAUGUGAAUAAUGAAUACCGGAAAUGCCUCUGUGAAAAUGAGUGAAUGGUAUAGGACUAAUCUGUGACUUACCAACUCAUAAUUAACUUCAGAUUUCUGUGCGCAGACAUUUAAAUUGAAUGCUGGAUUCUAAAACCCAGAAGUUAAUUGUAUGCAUUCACUAGCAAUGACCUUAAUGUGCUAAACUGCCUUACUGGUUCAAGUUAUUAGAGAUGUUGAAAAAUAAAGAAUAUUUU